GAUGGCAUUUAAACAAGGUAAUAGUAAUAAUGAUGAUGUUAACAAUAACCAACGACACAAAUGAUAAUGAAAUGUUAAUUCAUAAGAAUACUAAAAUUUGGAAAUAGACAUCGUGGAUUCACAGUGACGUGGCUUCGGAGCCUUCCCUGCAGGCCACAGACCACUUCAUGAGUCCCCAGAGUAACUGGUUACUAGGCUGCCCGCCCUCCGUGACUAUAUAAAUACAUAAGACAGGUGCAGCUGUAGUGUUGGUGGUGAGUCUAGCGUUUUAUCUCACAGUUGCUGCUUGACAGGGAAACGUGCUGAGUACAUCAUUAGGUGAGUCAACAUUUGUGUAUCAUAAAAGAUAAAAAAAAAAAAAAAAAUAAAUAAAUAAAUAAAUAAACAAACAUUGAAAGAAUUCCAAAUUGUCGGAUAUUGUUAGAUUAUUAGUGUAUGUGUGUUGCGAGCAUGUAUGCCUGAUUACAUUUCAAACGAACUAGACUAGAUCUCUUAAUCCACCAUUUCUGAAUUAUUUUAUCACUAAUUGGCUUAAAGAGCUUGCGUGUUGUGUGUAUGUACCUUGUAGUAAUAUCCGGAAAUUCCUUGGCGUGUGACACUGAUUCAGGCUCAUCUCGUCGUCCCUGUCUUUUCCUCUAUUUCCUUCUUUAUCUUGUUUUCCUUUACAGGUUCUUUUAAGAAAAAAAAAUCAAAUUGUUAAUAAAAAGACUUGAUGCAAGGGAUGAAUUGUGAAGCAUUUCAGGGCUUCACCUGUAACUCUGAGAGACAAGAUGGCUAUAAUAUAUAUGGUGCUCCUCAGGGUUAUUUUUUAGGAUUCUACCAAUAAUCUAGCAAGUAUUCUGCCCUGUCAAUUCAAGAAACGCAACUGAAGAUCUUGCUUGUCACUGUCGUAGCUUCUAGAAUUAUCUACUAUAAGGAAGAACGAGGUGUUUCAAGAUUAAGCGUAAUGAAACUGAAGCACCGAAGCGUAUGUCAGACGAUGUUACUUCCGAUCCCGUUGGAGUCCGUCGGUAGCACUCUCCCAUUGGUACUCGUCCAGAACACUUGUAAACGGGAGUUGAAGGUCAUGAGAGGUAUGCUGUCUCCAACAACCGUGUAUUCAACGCAAUCCAGAGCGUGGUCCGUGACGGCUGGCAGCGCCUUCCUCCUGCAGUACCCCAGCGUGGUCCGUGACAGCUGGCAGCGCCUUCGCAACAAACACUCCAAGGUGCCUGCUGACAUAUUGGACAUAGCUAGUAAUAAUGAACGGUGUGUUAGACUCGUGAGCUGAUAGUGUUGUCGGUUAAUGAGCAGCAAUGUCAUAAGUCCCAGACUCCCAAAAUAAAUAGUUUUUAUUUUUUUUUA